AUGGACACAAACCCUUGGGACAAGGCCAUUGGCCGAAAGCCUGUUGUUAUGAAAAGCUUUACCAACAAGGGUUUUGACCACUUAAACAAACAACUUCGUCCUCCCUUCCUAUUGGUGAAGUACGUUGCACAUCUCACCAACCAACCUGACAAGACAACUGUAAAGAUAGCUUUACAGAUGUGCACCAUUUUGAAUCUGGACAGAAAGAAUGAAAAGAUAAAAGCAGUAUUGAUUGUUGGUGGUGGACCUACUAGUGUUAAACUUGCUGCAGUAAUCACUGUCGAUUUUCCUCAGAAGAAGGUAACUUUGGUGCAAGAUGGAUUCAGACUACUAGAAUUUGGAAUGGUUAAAAAACAAGAAUAUAAUGUGGAAGUGAAAUUGAUGCAAUCUGUCGAUAUGAGUAAUAACACGAACAGCUCGGGUGGAAACAGAACAUAUUUCACCUCGUCUGGGGACACUAUCAGAGAGGAUUGCCAUUUUCUUUGCACAGGAAAGCCACCGGGUUCAGAGUGGUUAAGGGAGACGUAUUUGAAGGAUCGAAUCAAUAAUUUUGGAAGAUUGAAGGUUGAUGAAAAUCUUAUAAUCAAGGAUCAUAGAAACAAAUUUGUUGUUGGAGAUAUAACUGAUAUUAAGGUAAGCACUAAACUGCAUAUCUCUUUUUUCUUGAAAAUGUCUCCUUUUUGA